CAGUAUCUCACCACCAUCCUCACAUAUAUAUGUGUCCUCUCCAGUCUCCAUUCUCUCCUCAAUAAUCAUAUUACUCCUCUUCUUCCUCUAUCUUAUCCCCUUCUUCUCAAUUCUCAAUCAUCACCAUCCUCUUCAUUAUUAUCAACUAUCCUUAGUGACGGAUCCAGAAACUAUUAGCCGGUCGCUAAAACAUUUUCAUUAACCACUAUAUUAAUUAUCGUGUGCUUAUAUAUAUAUAGUUGUGUGUUAGUAAGCUUGCUGAGGAGUGAAGAUCAUGGGUAACGUAGACUAUGCGUACCCUUCCGCUGAGGAACGCGUGCACCACCGCGUGGAGGUUCCUCCUCCUCAGCCAUUCUUCAAGUCUCUGAAGUACUCUCUGAAGGAGACAUUCUUCCCUGAUGACCCUCUAAGGAAGUUCAAGAACCAACCAACGUCAAAGAGAUUAUUGCUAGGAAUUCAGUACUUCUUCCCCAUCUUCGAAUGGGGACCUCACUACACUUUUCAGUUCUUGAAAUCUGACCUCAUUGCAGGCAUCACCAUCGCUAGCUUGGCCAUUCCACAAGGCAUCAGUUAUGCCAAGCUCGCCAACCUCCCUCCAAUUCUUGGACUAUAUUCGAGUUUUAUACCACCGUUGAUUUAUGCGAUGAUGGGUAGUUCAAGGGACUUGGCAGUGGGGACUGUGGCCGUUGGAUCUCUUCUGUUGGGUUCCAUGUUGGCGAAUGUGGUGAAUCCAAAUGAGAAACCAAAGCUUUUCCUCCACCUAGCUUUCACAGCUACGUUCUUUGCUGGAGUCUUUCAGGCUGCAUUGGGUCUAUUUAGGUUAGGAUUUAUUGUGGAUUUUCUGUCACAUUCAACCAUAGUUGGAUUCAUGGGAGGAGCAGCCACAGUGGUUUGUCUGCAGCAGCUAAAAUCGAUUCUAGGCCUUGAGCAUUUCACUCACGGGGCUGAUAUAGUAUCAGUGAUGCGUUCUGUUUUUACCCAAACUCAUGAGUGGAGGUGGGAAAGUGCUGUGUUGGGCUUUUGCUUCAUUUUCUUCCUCCUUGUCACAAGAUACUUUAGCAAAAAACAACCAAAGUUCUUUUGGGUGUCAGCAAUGGCGCCAUUGACGUCUGUUAUCUUAGGAAGUGUGCUUGUGUAUUUCACUCACGCUGAGAACCAUGGCGUUCAAGUGAUAGGAAAUUUGAAGAAGGGGCUAAAUCCACCAUCUCUCACAGAUUUGGUAUUUGUGUCUCCUUAUCUGAGCACUACUAUCAAAACUGGCAUUGUAGUUGGCAUUAUAGCACUUGCGGAAGGGAUAGCAGUGGGAAAAAGCUUUGCGAUGUUUAAAAAUUAUCAAGUUGAUGGCAAUAAAGAAAUGAUAGCUAUUGGGACCAUGAACAUAGUUGGUUCAUUCACCUCUUGCUAUCUCACAACAGGGCCAUUUUCACGUUCAGCAGUGAACUAUAAUGCUGGAUGCAAAACUGCUACAUCCAACAUUGUAAUGUCAAUUGCAGUCAUGUUGACAUUGUUAUUCCUGACACCCUUGUUCUAUUACACUCCUCUGGUGGUGCUAUCAGCUAUAAUCGUGUCUGCAAUGCUUGGCCUCAUUGAUUAUCAAGCUGCAAUCCAUCUAUGGAAGAUUGACAAAUUUGAUUUUGUUGUUUGUAUGAGUGCAUAUAUUGCUGUGGUCUUUGCUAGUGUUGAGAUUGGCUUAGUUAUAGCUGUUGCACUAUCUGUAAUUCGGCUACUUUUGUUUGUUGCAAGGCCAAAGACAUUUGUUUUGGGCAACAUUCCAAAUUCUAUGAUAUACAGAAAUGUCGAGCAAUAUCCAAAUGCAAAACAUGUACCUGGAAUCCUAAUUUUAGAGAUUGAUGCACCAAUUUACUUUGCCAAUGCAAGCUACUUAAGAGAAAGGAUCACAAGGUGGAUUGAUGAAGAGGAAGAUAAAAUUAAAGCUACAGGGGAGACAAGUUUGCAGUAUGUUAUAAUGGAUAUGAGUGCUGUCGGGAACAUCGAUACAAGUGGAAUUAGCAUGCUUGAAGAGGUCAAGAAGAUGGUAGACAGAAGAGGGCUACAACUUGUUUUGGUCAAUCCUGGAUGUGAGGUGAUGAAGAAACUAAGCAAGUCCAACUUCCAAAAGGAUAUGGGGAAAUGGAUCUAUUUGACAGUUGAAGAAGCUGUUGCAGCAUGCAACUUUAUUCUCCAUGAGAGCAAGAUGAAUCCUAAGAAAAAUGAAUCUGAGAGUUGGGACAAUGUGUGAGCCAUAUAUCAAAGCAUAUUUUAGAGAAAGCUUAAUUGUUUUCAUUUUUUCUCAGCUAUAUCACCAUUAGAAUAUGUGGCAUGAGAGUUUGUGAAUCAUGCCAAUGAAUCAUCACCAACAUGGGGUUCUUCUAAUUUCUCCACUUUGUAUCCUAAGUUGGAAGAAAUCUCCUGCAAAGGUUGUUGAACCAUUAUGUAUCAUGCUUGAUAAUCUAUUCAAAUGUAAAGUUUUCUAUGAUAAUUGAAAUA